AAGUACAUGAGAGGCUGGGUCUCUCUGUUCCAGGCCAUGAGGAAGCCACGAGCAGCCGUGGGAAGUGGUCACAGGAAGCAGGCAGCCAGCCAGGAGGGAAGGGAGAAACGUGCCCUCAGCAGCAGCCAGGCCAAGCCUUCUGGCCCUGAUGGUCUGGCCAGGCAGCCUGAAGAGGUGGUAUUGCAGGCCUCCAUCUCCCCAUACCAUCUAUUCAGAGCCACAGAUGAAGUCACAGCCUUCCGGGGGAAACUGCUGAGUUGGUACGACCGAGAGAAGCGGGACCUACCCUGGAGAAGAUGGGCGGAGAAUGAGGUGGACCUGGACAGACGGGCAUAUGCUGUGUGGGUCUCAGAGGUCAUGCUGCAGCAGACCCAGGUUGCUACGGUGAUCAACUACUAUACCCGAUGGAUGCAGAAGUGGCCUACACUGCAGGACCUGGCCAGUGCUUCCCUGGAGGAGGUGAACCAGCUCUGGGCUGGCCUGGGCUACUAUUCUCGAGGCCGGCGACUACAGGAGGGAGCUCGGAAGGUGGUAGAGGAGCUAGGGGGUCACAUGCCAUGUACAGCAGAGACUCUGCAGCAGCUCCUACCUGGCGUGGGACGGUACACAGCUGGGGCCAUUGCUUCCAUUGCCUUUGGCCAGGCAACCGGUGUGGUGGAUGGGAAUGUAGUACGGGUGCUGUGCCGCGUUCGAGCCAUCGGUGCUGAUCCCAGCAACACCGUUAUCUCCCAGCAGCUCUGGAGGUUAGCCCAGCAGUUAGUGGACCCAGCCCGGCCAGGAGACUUCAACCAAGCAGCCAUGGAGCUGGGGGCCACAGUGUGUACCCCGCAGAGCCCACAUUGCAGCCAGUGUCCUGUGCAGAGCCUGUGCCGGGCACACCAGAGAGUGGAGUGGGAGCAGCUCUCAGCCUCACGGAGCCUGCUGGGCAGUCCUGACGUAGAGGAGUGUGCUCCCACCACUGGACAGUGCCAGCUGUGCCUGCCUACCACAGAGCCUUGGGACCGGACCCUGGGAGUGGCCAACUUUCCCCGAAAGGCCAGCCGCAGGCCCCCCAGGGAGGAAUGCUCUGCUACUUGUGUUCUGGAGCAGCCCAGGGCCCUUGGGGGUGCCCGAAUUCUGCUGGUACAGAGGCCCAAGUCAGGUCUGCUGGCAGGACUGUGGGAGUUCCCAUCUGUGACCCUGGAGCCCUCGGAGAAGCAUCAGUACAAGGCCCUGCUGCAGGAACUGCAGAGUUGGGCCGGGCCCCUCCCGGCUGCCCACCUCCGGCGCCUUGGGGAGGUGGUCCACAUCUUCUCUCACAUCAAGCUGACAUACCAAGUAUACGGUCUGACCCUGGAGGGGCAGACCCCAGUGACUACCACACCACCUGGCGCGCGCUGGCUGACGCGGGAGGAAUUUCACACCGCAGCUGUCUCCACUGCCAUGAAAAAGGUGUUUCGUGUGUAUGAGGGCCAACAGCCAGGGACCUGCAAGGGUUCCAAAAGGUCCCAGGUGUCCACUCCAUCCAGCCGGAAAAAGACGAGCCGGGGCCAGCAAGUCCUGGAUAGCUUCUUUCAGCCCCUCGUCUCCACUGAUGCACCCAUCCCUAACAGUGUAGCCAAGUGACGCCUCUGGAAGACCCCACCACCUGAGAAUCCUGCUGUUAAUAAAGUGCUUAUUUUUGUAGU